AUGAGUUUGAGCGGUCUUCUCCUUGUUGCUUCUGCCACGCACCUCCGCUGUGCAUUUUAUUUUGUGCGUCUUUCCACACACUCUGCUUCCAUUUUCAUACUUCUUUGCUUCGUGUUUCUGCAGGCACAUGCACACACAAUGCACAUUGCAGUGGAUUUGAAUGCUUCUUUUGUAGUGCAUGCUGGCAGUUGCGUGUGGCUGCUGCUUCCUCCGUGGGCAUGGAGGGAAGGGGAGAGGGAGCGCGCACCGCGAGUCACUCUUCUUGCGGGUGUGAUGCGCGCGGUGGGCUGCGACUGCUGUGGAGGGCCGCUUCUCUUCGGUGUGUGCUUCUCCGCCGUUGUGCCGUGCGUUGGCGCAUGUCAUUUGUUAUGCGCGUGCGUGCUGGGCAUGUUUUUCCGGAGCGUUGGGCGGCUGCCAUCUGUCUAUGGCGGCUUGUGUGAGUGGGCACGUGCGGAUAGGGGUCAGGGCGCAUGGAAUGAAGGAAUGGCGUGCGGAAAGGGGAAUUUGGUUUGGAGGGUAUUUGGACCAGAUUCAUUUGGCUGCGGUGGACACAUGCACGACGGAUGUGUUUCCGCAUAA